AUGACCACGAAAUCUUCCGACAAGAUAUUCCCAAUCACAACCUUUAUUUCAGACCUACCGACCAACCUUAUUCUGCAACCCCUCCCAUCAUCAUCCGAAAAUGGCCCUGUCAGUGGACGUUUGAUCAUUGUAGGCGAUGUCCACGGGAUGAGAAAGUCCCUUGAGGCACUCUUAGACAAAGUCGAUUUCGACAAACACAAGGGAGAUCAUCUGAUACUAGUUGGCGACCUAGUCAAUAAAGGCCCCGAUAGUCCUGGUGUUGUUGAUCUGGCCAUGAAGCUUGGCGCUAGCGCCGUGAGAGGCAACCACGAGAAUGCAGUUCUUAAUGCGGCUGCGGAGAUCAAGAUCAACGCCACAAGGGAUACUCUACUGCACUCCAGGGGCGAUCCGGUCGUACCUGAAAAUCCCGAAGCGGAGCUACCCGGAAAUAAUAUCCGAGAUUUCGAGAUCGCCGACAAAUGCGUACCUGCCACAUCGCACAGUACGGCCUCGGUACUUUCGACGCGUCAGCUCGACUGGCUUGCCACUUUGCCAUUGAUAUUACGCGUCAAGCUACCUCAUGUCCUAACAUCCUGCUUCGGUGACACUCUAAUUGUCGUACAUGCUGGCCUCGUUCCUGGCAUCCCACUUGAAGACCAGGAUCCACACGCUGUAAUGCAUAUGCGGAGCCUUAUCCGUAAAUCAGGUGACGAGGAUGUAUUCGUACCGGCUGAAAUUCCCGGAGAAGAAAGCUGGGUUAUGGAAUGGAACCGGUGCCAUGAUAGGCUAGCAUCCAAGACUAUGGUGAUAUUCGGGCAUGAUGCAAAGCGCCAGUUGCAGCUAAGCAGGUAUGCAAUUGGACUGGACUCGGCGUGUUUAUACGGCCAUCAAUUAAGUGCGGUUGUAAUUGGGGCUUCUGACGGGAGGUUUGAGCAUCAUGUUGUUCAAGUCGAAUGUGCUGAUGUGCCUAUCAUUCCAACAGUCUCUGUGAAGUAA